AUGAAGUUGGCGAUUGCUACCUCUGCUAUCGUGAUCUUCCUUGGCACAGCUUCGGCUGUUGAAUUAGUCUGCUACGGCACUGGAGUCCCCUCGCCCAUCGGAAAAGGUGACAUCGAGUACGCCAUCAGGAACCGGUCUGCCGAAUUGGGUAUUCCUGGAGGUACGAAGUUUUCGUUUCGCUGGAAGACUUGCACAACUCCUGAGAAUAGCCCCAAGGAUGUUGCUGUUAUCGCAACACCUAGCAUCACUCGAGAAGGUUCCGUGAAGUUGGCCAAUGGCGUCAUCGAGUGUAGCACAUCUGGUCCCCCAGAUUCCACGUGUUAA